AUGUUCAAUCAACAGAACCCCAAAAGUAAGUCGAAAAAGUCAACGCAAAGGAAGGAUGGUGGGCCAUAUUCUGGUACAACUUCUCGCAUCUCUUCUGGCAAUAAAUCUUGUGCCAAGUCUUUAUUUGAAUACAACUUUGACGAAACACUGGAAAUCAAGCAAGAAGUCCUCGAAGAUCCAGAAACAGAAGAAGUUACAAACGAAAAGUGUGAUACAAAAUAUGAGUCAAUAGUUUGCACCGUAGAUAUAAGAGAAGAUAUAUUAGCUGAUCUACAGAGUGCUUCAAAUAACGCAAACAAUUUGGAGAUAAGGUUUACAAAAUCUGCAGUAAGGCAAUAUGGUAGAUCACAUUCUUGCACAUCUACUCAGAUUUCUUCUGGCCAUAAUUCUGAUGCCAAGACUUCCAUUGAAUACGACAUUGACGAAACAAUGGAAAUCAAGGAAGAAAUCGUCGAAGGUAAAUCAAAGACUGGUCUAAAGAAAACAGGAAUUAGAUCAAGAGGGGAAUAUCAGGCAUAUAUUUUAAAGCACCACAUGGCAGUCCAAGAUCUACUGUCUAAGAAUAAUGGAAAGGAUUUUACUUGCAAAAUUGAAUAUGGCAAUGACGAAAAUUUGGAAAUCAAGGAAGAGAUUAUCGAGGAUCAUGAUAUUUAUUCAAGAGGAUACAUAAAACCAAGCUAUAAUCGAAAAUCUCAAAUGAUAUUGUUUAAAAAUCAGGCCAAAAGGAAGACGAAAAUUCAGAAAUCAAAGGUGGAAUCGGAAAAGAAACACAAAUGCGAAAAAUGUGCCCGAGAGUAUAUCCAGAAGAGAAGUUUGAGAGUUCAUCAAAAAUACGAAUGCGGCGUCAUUGCGACAAAUGUUCUCGAACUUACAUUGGACUGAAUGGCUUAAGACAACAUAACCGUUAUGACCAUGCAACAGUCAAACCAGAAUUCAUUUGCGACAUUUGCGGCCACAAAUCGCCUCAAAAAUGCAAUUUGAUAACACAUAUUCGUUCCCGCCAUCUAAAAUAAUUCAUUGUACGAAAGUUUAAUCCAUAGAAGUUUUCUAACAGAGUUGGAAAAACCCUUUUUCGCGUUACCUGAAAUGCUAAUGUACUUAUAAUCCUAUUAUAUUAAUUUUUCUUAGUUUAUUUAUUUACCUUAUUUUUAUACAUGUAAAUUACGUUUCCCAGACGUAGGUUAUCUCAGUAUAUGGUUUCUUUAUUCGGAUAUAAUAUAGGUAUUAGAAUGCAUAGAUUGAUGAAUAAUUUCUUCUGAUUUACUACCGAGUGUAAUCAUUGGUGUAUUUAUUAUCCCAUUAAUUUAAUCUUUCACCCGGUAAAUGCUGUAUAUAUGGAA